AUGUUCCCGUUACCGAUGUUCACGGCGGAUCAGGUGGCUCGUGUGUGUGAGAAUUUGGAAGAAACGGGGGACAUGGAGCGCCUGGGCCGCUUCCUCUGGUCUCUCCCGGCUGCAGCGGCGUUAGGUUCCGCAGCAGAUGCACUACACCGGCAUGAAUCAGUGAUGAGAGCCCGGGCUCUGGUUGCUUUCCACGGUGGAGAUUUUGAGGCUCUGUACCGGAUUCUACAGAGUCACCGGUUCACCCGGGAAUCCCACGCCAAGCUGCAGGAUCUCUGGCUGCACGCGCAUUACCGGGAGGCGGAGCGCAUGCGCGGCAGACCGCUGGGACCGGUGGAGAAGUACCGGAUCCGCAAGAAGUUCCCACUGCCCAGAACCAUCUGGGAUGGAGAGCAGAAAACCCACUGCUUCAAGGAAAGGACACGCACUUUGCUGAGAGAGUGGUACCUGCAGGACCCCUACCCAAACCCAUCCCGUAAACGACACCUGGCCCAGGCAACAGGUCUCACACCAACACAAGUGGGCAACUGGUUCAAAAAUAGACGCCAAAGAGACAGAGCGGCAUCAGCCAAAAACAGAUUGCAACAGGACUCGUCUCUUCUCACAUCUGGUAGUUCUCCAGAUCGUUUUUCCUCAGAGCAGAAUCACAGCUCAGAGAACAGUGACUGUAGUUUAGGUUCAGGCCUUCGAGACACCAGAGCAUCCACACCUGAUAUAUCAGUCAGCAGUGACAGUGAGUUCGAACCCUGAGCAAAGCCUUCAAUAAAGACUGAUUGACUGCAGACACAAGCACAAUCCAAAGUAAGAUACAUCGCUAAAUGAACAUGGAGAACAUGCUGGAGUGUCUUAACUGUCAACUGAUAAAGAUCAGAUGGACUGAAUC